CAUCACAGAUCUGGCUCCAGCCGUGAGAUGAGUGGAGGCGGGUUGGAGCUCGGCCUGUGUGUGUGUUUGUGUGCUUUUUACUUUGACUCUUGUAAACUAACUAAACGGCUGAAAAGCACCGCACAUCACCGACCUGACACCCCAAAAACACACCGAAACCCUCCCGGGAGAAGGGACCGAGCAGCACUUAUUUAACCAAACAUUUCUCCAGGGGGAUGGUGGUUCCAUAUGAGGGUCAGGCUUUUGCUACACUGAGGAGGCAGUGCCGGCAGAAUGGAAACCUGUUUGAAGACCCUCUGUUCCCGGCAAGUGACCAGUCUCUGUUCUACCAGAGCAACACCAUCGGCAGAGUCACCUGGAAAAGGCCGAAGGAAUUAUGCAGCAACCCCCAUCUUUUUGUGGACGGCAUCAGUGCCCAUGACCUGCACCAAGGCCAGCUGGGAAACUGCUGGUUCGUAGCUGCCUGCUCCAGUCUGGCCUUCAGAGAGGCUCUAUGGCAGAAGGUGAUUCCCGACUGGAAGGACCAGGAGUGGGAGGAAGAAAAACCGGAGUCCUAUGCCGGGAUUUUUCACUUUCAAUUCUGGCGGUUCGGUGAGUGGGUGGACGUGGUGAUUGAUGACCGGCUGCCCACGGUGAACGGAAAGCUGGUGUACUGUCACUCUAAUGACAGUAACGAGUUCUGGAGUGCGCUGGUGGAGAAAGCCUACGCCAAGAUGUAUGGAUGCUAUGCAGCGCUCGAUGGGGGCAACACAGCCGACGCUCUCGUGGAUUUCACCGGUGGUGUGUGUGAGCCAAUGGACUUGAUGGAGAACGGGUUCAAAGAAGAUGAAGAGAAACGAAAUGAGCUCUUUGAGAGAGUCCUAAAAGUCCACGACAGAGGAGGCCUCAUCAGCUGCUCAAUCCGCGCAACCACUGCAGCGGACAUGGAGGCCAGGCUGGACUGCGGCCUGGUUAAGGGCCAUGCCUACGCUGUGACAGACGUGCGCAGGGUGAGGCUUGGCCACGGCCUGCUGGCCUACUUCAGGUCAGACAAACUCACCAUGAUCCGCAUGAGAAACCCCUGGGGAGAGAAAGAGUGGAACGGGGCCUGGAGCGACAGCUCCGAAGAGUGGAAGAAAGUCAGUAAGAGUGAGAGGGAGAGGAUCGGUGUCACUGUACAGGAUGAUGGCGAGUUCUGGAUGACAUUUGAUGACUUUAUUGCUAAUUACACAGACCUUAUCAUGUGUCGUCUCAUCAAUACAUCCUACCUGAGUUUCCAUAAGACCUGGGAGGAAGCUGUGAUGCUGGGCUCCUGGCGCCGCCAUGAUGACCCGCUUCUCAACCGAGCAGGGGGCUGCACCAACAACAAACACUCCUUCCUCCAGAACCCGCAGUAUGUGUUUGAUGUGAAGAAGCCGGAAGACGAAGUUCUGAUCUGUCUGCAGCAGAAAGACCGCAGAGCCACACUGAGAGGGGGACAGGGGGAAAACCUGGCUAUCGGCUUUGACAUACACAGGGUGGAGUUAAACAGGAUCUACCGUAUGCAUGUCACCCAGCAGAAGGUUGGAGGGAGUGUCUACAUCAACUCAAGGUCUGUGUUCGUACGCAUUGAGUUAGUGGAGGGGCGGUACGUCAUCUUACCCACGACCUUUGACCCUGGGCUGGAAGGAGACUUCCUGCUCCGCAUCUUCACCGAUGUGCCGUCCGACUGCAAGGAGCUGACCAUACAUGAACCUCCACAGACCUGCUGGUCCGGGUUGUGUGGUUAUCCUUCUCUGGUCACGCAGGUCCACGUACUGAGGGCUACUGGACUUGCAGGACAAGACUCUGACGGAGCAUCGGACCCCUACGUGAUAAUUCGCUGCGAAGGACAGAAAGUGCGUUCUCCAGUCCAUAAAGACAAACGCAGCCCUGACUUCGACACCAAGGGGCUCUUCUACAGGAAGAAAGCCAACCAGCCAAUCAGUAUUGAGAUUUACAACCACAACGUGUUCAAGGACUCCUUACUGGGUCAGGUGACGCUGCCAGCAGAGCAAGGUGAGUUCCAGCAGACGCUCCACCUGAGGGACAAGGGUGAUCGACGUAACAACGACCUGCCCGGGACCGUCACUGUCGCCAUAACGACCAGCACUGUGCUCACCAACAUCUGAGACACGCCACAAAGCUGUCAGCUGAAGUUUACCAAAUUACCAGUUUACCACCCUGUAAGGGGAAUAUUAGGCAUGAAUAGAGGGUUUACAUUAUCAAAGAUUACAAUCCAGCAGUAGAGAUCACAAGAGUAGGAAGCCUGAUUGCCUUGCUCUGUUUAAGCCUGAUGCCCAUAAAUGUCUGUUUACAAAAGUAUUUACAGUGCCUGUACCUUUUGGAUGUAUCUGAAUAUCCUGAAAACAUAAGCAUUUCAAAUGAUUUAGGCCCAUUUCCACAUGUACACAGGUAUUUUUUUUUUUUUUAUCUUUUUCUAUUGUUUUGGCAUUUUGUUUCUUCAAGGGUGAAAGUCUUCAGCAAUUCAGUUUUCAGUGUUGACUACUUUGCAAGGAAGAGAGCAGCUCUCUUCUUUGCCUCAGUUUUCUACAGUAAUUAUUCAUGUAUUCAUAUCACUGCUUUGUCACUUUUGGACACUGGUCAUCCAGGCACAGUACAGCUAUCGGAUGAUUAAGGUUCAGUUCUGCACACACAAACUGAAACAGCAAGCAGUGAAUUUGUCCCUUUGUCCUGCAUUUAACCCAUUCUUUAUACACCAGUGAACACCCUAUGCUAGGAGCAGUGGGCAGCCGAGUACUGCGCCUUGGAGUGCUCAGGGGGCAUGUCAGUCCUGGGAUUCAAACGGGCAACCCUAACCCGAUUCUCUAACCAUUUGGCAAAGGAAUGCACGCAGGUAGUGUGAACUUGGCAUAAACCUUCAGUCAACUGUUGUGCUUUGGUGGCACUGACUGAACUUGAGUUGGUACAUCGGUCUCAGUUUUAGGUGCUGCUUCCACUCUAUCCCACCAGAGUAGUCUCUCGGUGUCACUACAUAUUGUACGUUUAAUUGUGGUUUUGCAUUUUCAAUUGGACAAAUUCUAUUAAACUACUUGUGUAAAGGUGGAGGGAAAAACCUCAUAUUCCAAAAUACCCAUGUACAUGUGCACUAGGCCCUAGCUAUCUCAUAAACAUUAUUUACAAUCACUAUAAUUUAUAUCAACCACUGCUUCGUGUCAUCUUUAUUCAUUUUCUGCAGGAAAUGCAUUGUCUAGUUCUAUUUGAUCGUUUGUUUUAACUGACUGUUUUUAAAAUCCCAUUCAUGUGUCUUUCAUAUCGUCUUAUUUCAUAUCUUGUCUCAAUGCCUGUAUGUCUCCUAUACACCACUAUGUAUUGCAUUGUUGAAAGGUGCCAUACAAUUAAACUGGCCUUGCCUGGUA